CUGCUAAAUACUCCAUCUUUCCUCCGUCCUCCAAAACCCAAGCGCCUUCGGAUGCUCCUUUAUAUGUCGGUGUGUCUCUUCUUCCUGUUGCCAUCUAUUAUUGCACACCCCUCCCAGCUUCGCACCUACCCUUUCCAUCUCCUCUGACACUGGCUUGCAAAUCUCCCACAGACUAUUUGAUGCCCAGAGGAGAUCGUUUUGUAGCAUCGAUACCUGUGGUCUUCCUGGAUUAGCUUACAAGGAAGGGCUGGCUUACAAAUACAAUAACCUUAAUUUCUAUCAGGAAGCUGGGAUCAAGGUUUGUAAAGAGAGAUAUAAAGCUUUGUUUUCUUACUUUGAACCUUAAGGUUGCACAAGAUAGCACUUGGAUGGACUAUUCUACCUUGUACCAGGCAGCUGUGUUUAUGGGAUGCAAAAAUGGAGAGAUUGAGCUCGGAAUAUCUACCUUGAGUAAUAUUGCUGUGCAAAUGAAUAUUAAAGAAUUGUUUAGCUAAGACUUUGUCCAACAGCCGCAGUUGGAAGAGUUCUUCUCUGACGAGCAGAGUCGGCCCUCAUCGUCGUCGUCAUCAGUACUGCCUUCUUUCUCAGGAGGAAGUCCAGAGUAUUCAUCUCUUCUUAAUAACAAGGUUUACAGUUCUUUCAUCCCCGACCCUUCAAAGGAGCUCAUCACCAAGUUAGCAGCCCAACCAUCUCCAGCCAUCAAUCUUCCGCCACGCCAAGUGGCUAUGCAAGCCCAUAGCCAACAUCCAAGUGUUCAAUUUCCAGCGGUUCUUUUGGAUGAUGAUGCUGUGAUCACGAGAGCGAUGAUGGCUGUCAUCUCAUCAUCAUCAUCAUCCUCUUCUUCAUAUUCUUCUUCUCCUUCGAUAAUAUCCCAGACAGUGCAACAGGCUCGACACCAUCAAGCACAUGGUGAUCAAUUAGGGCCAUUUAAGCCAUACAAUUUGGCUCUUGCUCCAAAACUCGAACCUAAGAAUGGUUCAUGUGGCCAAAAGAUGAUUAAGAAGUCCAUCUCCAUCUUGAAAAGAAUCAAUUUGUUAAGCGCUGAAGCCCGAGCGAAAGAACCGCGAGCAACAUCUAGCAAUCAGUUGCAUCAUGUGAUGUCGGAGCGCAGACGCCGGGAGAAACUCAAUGGAAGCUUUCAAGAUCUAAGGAUGCUACUUCCCCCAGGUUCCAAGAAGGACAAGGCUUCAGUUCUCACCAGCACGAGGAACUACCUGAAUACUCUGAAAGCUCAAAUCUAUGAGCUCAAAGAGAAGAAUCAAAAACUAGAGAUGCAACUUCUUUCUAGCGAUGAAGCUCAAGAAACUACCGGUUCGAGUAGUGGAAGCGUAGAAGUACAAAUUGUCAAGGCUUCUGAUCUGUCCACAGAAUUGCAACACAUCAACGUAGGAUUAACAGUCAAGGCGGCAGGCGAUAUCAUUGCACCGCUUCUCCAUGUUCUCGAAUGCCUGAAAGAAAUGGGACUAAGCAGCCUGCUAUCAGUGGAUGCAUACACUUAUAACUCUUCACGAAUGAAUCAAUUUGCAAGAGUAGACAUGAAAUUACAAAUCAAGGAAAGCGAUUGGAAUGAGGAAUUAUUCAAGGAAGCCAUGGUCAUGGCAGUUGGUCGCAUCACUACGACUUCUCCGAGUGAACACCCAGGCGAGCUGCAUGGUAUCCAGUAGCGUUUGAAGAUGGUGACAACUUCUUUAUGUAAACGACUUCUCACGUUUCUUAUGUAACCAACUUCACUUAGUUUCGAGCUCCUUUGCUUUACCAUAACAGAUGGUGACGGCUCCUCAGAAAGCCAAACAGAGUACCUUUCAAGGAUGGCUCGAUGUAAUUUCUUAAAAGGAAACAAUAUGCCUACGCAUAGCUAAUUAAGAAAGCUCUUAAAUAAGCCAUUUGGAAAGAGAUGGGUGGCACCACGUCGUCGGUCAAUGGAUACAAUUUGGAGUCUAGAGGAUCGCAAUAUUACCUUGCGUAUGGUUGGCUUUCUCCUCAUUUUAGUCUAAGCAUCUUUUUUUCCCCCUUUUUAAUUCAUGUAAAUUAGCUUGAGCUGUUAAAUGAAAAGCACCUGGAGACGGCAAAUUUGUCCGAUCGAGGUGCUUUUCUUGGAUGAUUGCACUAUUUCAGCUCACCUUCCUACUUGUAUUUUGGUUGCUACCUUCUUCCUUUUGGGGUACGAUAUAAUUUGUAGCUUC